CAUGUGCCAACCUCGGGCCCAGCAAGAUGACAGGCUUUGAAUCUGGCACUGUCGAUGUAUCCCUAGGCGGCAGCAGCAAGGUGCGGAGCACCGUCGACAUCAAGAAGCUCGAAAAGCAGGAGGCCAAGGCUAGGGCCAAGUUGGCCAAGCGGGUGCAGCGGGAUCGGUACGAGAGCAGCAAGCUCGUCGAGAAUGCCAGGAGGCAGGAGAACUACGAGAUGUUCCUUAAGGUGAAGUCUCUGGAGACCGCAGGUGUCCGAGGCAAGAACAAAGACAUCAACUUGCUAAACAUCGAUCUCAACUUUGGCAACAACUGCAUCCUGACCAAUGCGACGCUCUCGCUCGCGAGGGGAAGGCGAUACGGUGUCAUCGGCCGCAACGGUGUGGGUCAAUCCACAUUGUUACGGAAGGUGGCGUUGAGGGAGAUCCUCAUUGUCUUACACACGUAUGCAAGGGUUAGCAACACGCCAGACGUGGUCGAAUUGUGGAGAUACUUCCUGGGUGAGCGGAGUGGGGCCGCGCCGCGCGCCGAACGUGACGUCAG